CCGUCGUGGGGAUCACUGUACAGACAGUAUAACUAAUAAUGUCUUGUUGAAUGUAAGUACUAGUCUUGUCUUGCCUAUACGCGCGCAUGCGUGCGUACGCGCGUGCACUUGAAGGGGAGGGCUCAAGGAGAGUGUCCAUCAUCUCUCAGAAGAGUGGCGCCUACUCGCCGUGGCACACCGACGGAGACUCUCCUUGCGUCGGAUGUGAGCCAUCCCAGCCAGCGCGUACAUUGAUGUCUCUCCCGUCCCAGUCCACCGGGGUCCUCUUGGGUUUAGGAUGCGUCCUCAUCCGCCGCCUCCUCUCCAUGGCGCGCCGUCCUCUCUCCUCUGCCUGUCCCUCAUAGCGCUUCUUCACUGGGUACAGCCGACUGCGCAAGCCGCUGUUGGCCGCCGAGAAAGCGGUGCGGCGGAGAGUUAUGAGAUCACCUAUCCCGUAUGGCUGCAUCCUCGCAGGCACGGCAGGUCUGUCGACAGAGAGCAUCCUGCCGAGGCUGAAGUUCUCAUCUCAGCUGAGGGCCAGCAGCUGCUGCUGCAUCUGGAGAGGAAUCAGUGAGUCUUUUUUCACUUGCAUAGACAUUAUGCAUGGCAACUUUAUAGGCAUGCAUAGAGAUGCUGAAAUGAUCCUGCCCCAAUCGUCUUAUUCCAUGUUAAUUGACGUAUAGACACAUGGAUGACGUCAGGGCCUCGGUUGGUACACAGAUGGAGAUGACUGGUGAUGUGUUUGGUUGACAGAGGGUUGUGCUGUCACCCGAUCUGUGCGCCUUUGCCUAACAGGAAGUCAGUCUUUUAACAUCACACAAUCUGUUGGUUCUGAGUGCGUUUCCCGUCCAGUCCGUGUGAUAUUUCAAAGAAUAAGACUGUGUCUUAUUUAAUGGACAGUGCGGUACAAUGUAGCGUGGCGGGUUGUCAGUCAGUGCUCUUGAGAUGUCCCCGGUGACAACCAAGACACAAGUGCAAUAGGUUUUAUGAGCAUUAGAAGCACAUUUUACCCCAAUAAUAUAUGUAUGCCUUUAGAUCUCCAUUCCUUCACCUUCGCACAGCCACACAAACAAAAUUAACAAGUCAUGACUCCAGUCUUUCCCCUGAGGGAUUUACCCCCUAUGUGCUCCCUCCCCAGCAGGUGGUCGCACUCUUGCAUUUCCUUCUGGGCAGGGAUGCUUCAUCAAUCACUUGAUGGUGUAGCUACUGGAUGUGGAGUGAAACACACACACACACACACACACACACACACACACACACACACACAAAAAAGACAGCAUGUCCCACUUGAUUACAUUAUUCACUUACCGGACAGAAAAGUUUUGAAACCCAUUUGAGCAACUUCCCAUCAGUUUUCAGGAACAUAAAUUAUUUCAGCAUCUUACGAGCUUCACUUUAAUUCGCUAAAGUUAUAGACUUGAUCAUUGCAGAGAAGUCAUGUGGCGAAUAUGGGGAUUCAUGCAGAACAGGGGUCACAAUGUUGUCUUUGCAUGAUAUGUUUUGGCCUUGACGUGUUGGGCAUGACA